CCAAUAGCCGCACACGUGCUGAGAUAUUGUGAUAUUUUACAACAAUAAAAUAACUUUAAAACAUUCGUCGUGCAUCAUACCGGUCUACGCGGCUCAUAUUUUGUUUACCAACAUCUGUUCAUCAACGAGUUUGCAAAUUAGGCAUUAAUGGCCAUGGUGACUGAAGUGAAAGUGAAUGGAAGCGAAAUGGAAGCGAAUACUGAAGUGCCUCCCGCACUGGCUGAGAAGCCAGUCGGUCUCCCACCAGGAAAGUACUCUCUUAUUGGCUGGGACAUGGAUACAACAGGACGGAGACUAAUAGAUGAGAUAUGCCAAAUAGCAGCGUAUACUCCGAAACAGACUUAUUCCCAAUAUAUUAUGCCGUAUGGUGACCUUAACCCUGGAGCGAGACGUCGUCACAAUGUACGGGUUGUCACCGUUGGACGUUACAGAAUGCUAAAAGAUAUGGUUUCUCAUAAGAUUCUUAAGACAAAAUCAGAGAUAUCAGCUUUAACAGACUUCCUUGAUUGGUUAGAGAAAGAGAAAGGAGAUGGUAGUGUCAUUCUUAUAUACCACGAACCCAGGAGGUUCAGUCCUACAAUGCUUCUUGAGGCUUUGACAAGGUACGACCUGUUGGAUCGUUUUAAUUCAAUAGUCGCAGGAUUCACUGACAGCUAUGCCCUGGCUGCAGAUAAAUGCAAGGCAACAGUGAAGUCAGUCUCGCUGCGAGUGUUGGCUCGUGUGCUACUGGACGCGGACUCUCUGUCAGUGGACAGCGCCAUCGAACGGGCAACAGCUGCCUAUAAGAUUGUCGAACAUCUCGCACAAGGUGAACAGCAAGAAGUAAGUGCCUCAGGUGAGAGUCUCUCAGCCAGUAAAGACAUGGUAGAGACGGCAAGGGUGUGGGCAAGGCCUGUACACACAGAACUAGAAGCGCUCGCCAAUCUUAAGAAGAUCCUUGAAAGACAGAACACGUUCCGUCCAGUGUUCGCGCCCCUACUGCGCGGCGCUCGCGGCGAGCGGCGGCGCGUGACGCAGCUGCGGCGCCUGCUCGCCGACCACGGCCUGCUCUAUCAGCAGCUACACGACGCCUGGGAGAAACAACAACUCGCAGGUUUAGAGAAACAAUUAUCAGCUUUGUCAGUAUCUGCUAAAGAGGAAGACAUCAAAGAGUUGAUUGAAAUACUGGACAGUCAUUUCGAUCCUGCCAAAGAACCGAAAGGACCUAAACCAAGACAGCCUACCGUAAGACCUCGAUCGACCGCCAAUACUAACAAUACAAGUGGAGACGCUGAAGGGAGCACCAGUGAUUCGCAGAAUAGUUCAUCGCAAAACUCGCCCAACAAAACUAAUGAUAUAGCGGCGGGAGAUAACAGUUUAAAAGUACAAGAGCCGAUCGCGGCCAACUAACGUUUGAUUCAUCGCAACAUGCGCGUACGAAGACUCAAAUUAAAAACGUUUUCGCAUAAUAAACAGUAUGUUAUUUUAGCAUAAGUAUCAUUUUUUGGAAUUGAAACAUUUUUAUAAUGCAUGUCGUCUAUACGAGAUUAAUGAAAAAAAAAAACCCACUAAAUCGUAAUUUUCACACUGAUCCCUUGGCUUUUCGCGUUUUUUAAUAUUUAUAUAUAGAUAUAAAUAAUAAUGUAGUUGAGUGCCUUAGCAACUCAUUUGUCAUAAGAUAUUUGUAUGUCAUAAUAUUUUUUGGUGUAAACAGUUAAGUGACUGUAUGUUGUUUUUUGCAUUAUACAGUUUUUUAUAUAUUUAAUGUUACUUGUAACAUGUAGUUUGAAAAAAGGUUUUUUAAAUUAAAAAAGGCUUAGAGGGAGCAAUAUUUAUUUCGGGCUCUUAAUAACGCCUGUUUAUUUAUUUUUUUAUUAUGUAUUAAUAAUAAAAUGUGCAAUCACAGCAACGGAUUGACUGAUAUUCGAAAUCCGAAAUGUAUUUAAAAAAAGAUUAUAUUUUUUUAUUUACACCUUUUCCUUCUUUUUGUUUUUUACGCUAAUCGCUGGUAACAUUUUGCUGACUGUUUUUCUUUCAAACUACCAUAGAGGAAAUAUUAGUUUCUUACCACUGAGUAAUAAAGCAGUGUGUACCUUUUUAACUGUUAAUUUUAGUUAGUUUUUAACAUAGACUGUACAUAUAAUUUAAUUUCUUAUUUUGUUCAGAUCUCUAAUAAAUAUGUAAGUCUAUAAAA